CGCAUACACCGAUACACGCACCUCCCUCCCUCCCUCCCUUUCUCUCUCCCCACCAGCAAGAGAGAGAGAGAGAGAGAGAGAGGCAAGCUGCCCUGCCGACCUCCGCCACCGCCGCCGCUCCCGACGCGAUGGCCCGCCUGUUCCGCGACCCCCGCCGCGACUCCGCCUCCUCCUCCUCCAAUGGCUUCGCGCCCCCGGCCGCCGCGUCGCCCGCCGCCUCCGCGCUCCCGUCGCCGUUCCCCGACCUCGGCGUGCAGCUCUCCGCGGCCGAGCUCCGCGAGACCGCCUACGAGGUCCUCGUCGCCGCGUCCCGCACCACCGGCGGCAAGCCCCUCACCUACAUCCCCCAAGCGGGCCCGGCCUCCCCGGCCUCGGCCUCCUCGGCGUCCUCCGCCAACAGCUCCUCCUCGUCGCUCCAGCGCUCGCUCACCUCGGCCGCCGCCAGCAAGAUGAAGAAGGCGCUCGGGCUCAAGUCCUCGGCCUCGUCCAAGGGAGGCAGCCCGGGGAGCGGCGGCGCCGGGGCCAAGGCGGCCCCGCGGCGGCCGGCGACGGUCGGGGAGCUGAUGCGGUCGCAGAUGCGCGUGUCGGAGCCCGCCGACGCCAGGAUCCGGAGGGGCCUCCUCCGCAUCGCCGCGGGUCAGCUUGGCAGGCGUGCGGAAGCUAUGGUUUUACCCUUGGAAUUCCUGCAGCAGUUCAAGGUAUCGGAUUUCCCUGAUCCCCAAGAACACGAGGCAUGGCAGGGUAGGAACUUGAAGCUCAUUGAGGCUGGUUUGCUCGUUCACCCAUUUGUUCCGCUGAACAAAUCAGACAGUUCUGCACAACGGCUGAGGCAAAUCAUACGUGGAGCAUAUGAUAGGCCACUUGAAACUGGGAAAAACUCCGAGUCGAUGCAGGUAUUACGCACUGCUGUCAUGUCUCUUGCUGGAAGAUCUCAUGAUGGAACUUCUGAUGGAUGCCACUGGGCAGAUGGUUUCCCCUUGAAUAUCCAUCUUUACCAAAUGUUGGUAGAAACUUGCUUUGAUAGUGAUGAUAGCACUGUGGUUGAUGAGAUUGAUGAGGUGAUGGAGCUCUUGAAAAAGACCUGGGUUAUUCUUGGAAUUAACCAGAUGCUUCAUAAUCUUUGCUUCGCUUGGGCAUUGUUCAAUCAUUUUGUUAUGUCAGGCCAAGUAGAUAUCGAGCUGCUUUCUGCCGCGGAGAAUCAGUUAGUUGAAGUUGCAAAGGAUGCCAAAACUACCAAGGAUCCAAAUUACUGUAAAGUAUUGAGUUCAACAUUAAGCUCGAUAAUGGGCUGGACAGAAAAAAGACUUCUGGCGUACCAUGAAACAUUUAAUACAAGUAACAUCGAGUCCAUGCAAGGUAUUGUCUCAAUUGGAGUGACAGCUGCAAAGGUGCUUGUUGAAGAUAUAUCCCAUGAAUAUCGCCGUAGGAGGAAAGAUGAGACCAAUGUAGCUCGAAGUAGGAUAGAAACAUAUGUAAGGUCUUCACUCCGUACAGCUUUUGCUCAAAGAAUGGAAGAAGCAGAUUCAAAGCGAUCAUCAAGGAACCCUACCCCAGUUAUGUCUAUCCUGGCAAAGGACAUUGGUGACCUAGCAAUAAAGGAGAAAAAUCUGUACAGUCCAAUAUUGAAGACAUGGCAUCCCCUUGCUUCAGGUGUUGCUGUUGCAACCCUUCAUUCAUGUUAUGGAAGUGAGCUGAAGCAGUUCAUAGCUGGGCUUACAGAGUUAACCCCGGAGACAGUUCAAGUGCUCAAGUCUGCAGACAAAUUAGAAAAGGAUCUUGUUAAUAUUGCUGUCGAAGAUUCUGUGGAUAGUGAUGAUGGAGGCAAGUCAUUAAUCAGAGAGAUGCCACCAUAUGAAGCUGAAAAUGCAAUUGCUAAUCUUGUGAAAGUGUGGAUAAAAGAAAGGGUGGAUAGACUCAAGGGAUGGGUUGACCGGAGUCUGAAGCAAGAGACAUGGAGUCCAGGUGCCAACAGAGAUAACUUUGCUCCCUCUUCUGUGGAGAUGCUUCGGAUUAUUGGGGAAACACUAGAUGCAUUUUUCCAAUUGCCCAUACCUAUGCAUCAAGCUCUUCUUCCUGAUCUGACAGCAGGUCUGGAUAGAAGUUUACAGCUUUAUGCUUCUAAAGCAAAAUCUGGCUGUGGAGCACGGGGUUCUUUUAUGCCCGAGCUACCUCCAUUAACGCGAUGUGAGGUUGGCUCGAAACUACUAUUCAAGAAAAAGGAUAAGCCACAGAAUCCACAGCAUCGAGGACCACAAAAUGGAGCAACCAAUGGAACUGAUCCCUUGGGCCUUCCUCAACUCUGUGUACGCUUGAAUACACUUCAGUACAUCCGAAGCGAGCUGGAGAACCUAGAGAAGAAGAUUAAAACAUGCUUGCGGAAUGUUGAGUCAGCUCAGGCAGAUAUUACUAAUGGAUUGGAGUUCAAGUUUGAACUUUGUCAGGCGGCCUGUCAAGAAGGUAUACAACACUUGUGUGAGACGACUGCUUACAAGGUCACCUUUUUCGACUUGGGCCAUAUUCUGUGGGACACCCUCUACAUCGGUGAUAUUGCAUCGAGCAGGGUGGAUUUAUUGUUAAGAGAGCUUGAUCCUAUCCUGGAGACAAUAUCAGGUACGGUGCACAUCAAAGUGCGGAACCGUGCCAUAACGGCAUUGAUGAAAGCCACGUUCGACGGCUUCUUGCUGGUUAUCCUUGCUGGUGGGCCUCUGCGUGCUUUUACCCGGCAGGACUCUCAGAUAAUAGAGGACGACUUCAGGUCCCUCAGAGACCUGUUUCUGGCCGACGGGGAUGGUUUGCCGGAGGAGCUGGUCGACAAGGCGUCCUCCCAGGUGAAGAAUGUCCUGCCCCUCCUACGAACAGACUCGGAAGGCCUCAUCGAGCGGUUCAAACGCCUGAUUGCCGAUUCGGAUCAAACUCGGACUGCCUCCAGGGGCAAGUUGCCGAUGCCAAUGACUACAGGACACUGGAGUCCAAAUGAUGCGAACACAGUCCUGCGGGUCCUGUGCUACCGGCACGAGGAGGCGGCUACGAGGUUCCUCAAGAAAACCUAUGGCCUUCCCAAGAAGCUUUGACGCAUUGGGUGAUAAGCUCAUGACACACAGCGUGUACAUUUCCAGCUGCCGCCACUAUCUAUCACAACAGAUAUUUGCUGAGAAUUCUGUAUUGGGUCUGGCAUGACCCUGUGAGUAACACCAUUGUAAAGGUUCCACAAAGGAGAAGGGGUUUUGUUUUGUCUUUUCUUUCCCCCUUUUUUGGGGGGUGGGGGUAUUUGUUGAUCAUUAUUUGUAUACAUGUUUCUCUGACCCAGUUCAGUUCUUUUGCUGAUGUUAGCCUUUGUGCGGGUGCGUUUGUAACAGAUAUAUCUCCGAUUUCGUUCUGCUACUAGUUUGCAACAGGUAUAUCCAUUUAUCUUUGUGAAUAAGUUAUGUGUUUUGUGUUGGCA